CUUCUACGAUCGUCUUCACAAUCCAGUUUCAUCUCCAACCUUUCAAAGCCAAUGGCCGCUUCCACCGCCGCCGCCGCCGUCUCCACUUUUCUCGGCACACGCAUGACCGCCACGCCCGACAGCGGGCGAUUUCAGGCCAGAUUCGGGUUCGGCAAAAAGAAACCCAAGGCGAAAAAGCCUGCCGGAAGCUCAGACCGGCCUCUCUGGUACCCAGGAGCUAAAGCUCCUGAGUGGCUGGACGGCACUCUGGUUGGUGACUAUGGCUUCGAUCCCUUUGGUUUAGGCAAGCCGGCGGAGUACUUGCAGUUUGAUCUUGAUUCCCUCGACCAGAACCUCGCGAAGAACCUCGCCGGUGAUGUGAUUGGUACCAGAACAGAGACGGCUGAUGUCAAGUCGACGCCCUUCCAGCCAUAUGCGGAGGUUUUCGGACUCCAACGUUUUCGGGAGUGCGAGCUCAUUCAUGGCCGCUGGGCGAUGUUAGCCACACUGGGCGCACUCGCCGUCGAGGCCCUCACAGGCAUCACUUGGCAGGAUGCCGGCAAGGUAGAGCUGGUGGAGGGUUCAUCAUACUUGGGACAACCGCUGCCUUUCUCCAUCACAACCUUGAUAUGGAUCGAGGUCUUGCUGAUCGGAUACAUUGAGUUUCAGAGGAACGCCGAGCUCGACCCAGAGAAGAGACUUUACCCCGGCGGCCAGUUCUUUGAUCCGCUGGGCUUGGCUGCCGACCCAGAGAAGAAGGCCACACUGCAGCUGGCUGAGAUCAAGCAUGCUCGCCUCGCAAUGGUCGGCUUCCUCGGCUUCGCUGUGCAGGCCGCCGUCACCGGAAAAGGCCCGCUAAACAACUGGGCCACACACCUCAGCGACCCACUCCACACAACCAUCAUCGACACUUUCUCCUCCUCCUCUUAAUGAAGUUGUCAAAUAUUAUGUUUUCUGUAAGUUACAUGUUUAGUUGGCUUCAGAAUUUUGGUCAUGGAGUUGGGUCUUUUGGUCAUCUCCGGAGGAUUUGCGUUAUGACUGUAUCAGGACUUGUUGCUUGAGAUGUAUAUUAAAUUUAAUGCCGUUUUAAAGAGCUGUGUUUCUUGUC